AUGCUGUCUGCCACAUUUUUGGCGCUCUGCUUGACGUUUGCCGAACAAACUAUCUCGUUGCCCAACCAUGGUCUCGGUCCUUCCGCGUAUACCGUGCCAGGAGCAUUCCCAACAUCUCUGUAUCAAUCGUAUUAUAAUGAUCCAACUGCAACGUCGGCGGAACCACAACCGGUCAUCUCUGAUCCUGUCACUGAUGAGACGUACCCUUAUUGGUUAACAGACCCAGAGACCAUUCCUCAAAAUGAUACGUUCGAAGCGCACCCUUUGCCUCCGCCGGCGACAUCCGAUGUAUUCCUAGAGACCGCUAUUUCUCAGAUUAUCUCGAUCGCUGAAAAUCCGGUUUUUGGUAACGAUACGUGCACACGAUGCCAGGCGUCUCUGGAGGUAGCCAAAUUCCUGGUCAUGGCCACUCCCGCGCAAGGUCCGCUUUUGGCUACGCGCCUGUGUGAACAUUUCAACUAUACCAACGACUGUGGGACCAUGUACGGGAUAUACACCCUCGGUUCGUUCAUUACACAGACGCUGGCAUACGCGGACGUUGGUGGCUAUGACGGCCAAAUGAUUUGUAGCAACUUCCUCAGCUUGUGUCCAGUAGCCCCCACGAGCCCUCUUAACCUGACCUCUUGGUUUGCGAAACCGAAGCCCGAUCCUCUCCCGCCACGAAAGCAGCCAACAGGUCAACGUCUGAAGGUGUUGCAUCUAUCAGAUCUGCAUAUUGAUCCUCGCUACUCCAUCGGUUCUGAGUCAAAUUGCAGUGCUUACCUAUGCUGUCGUGUUCAAAGCUACAAUCCCGCCAGUAUGGACAAGAUCACGGCGCCCGCUGCACGGUAUGGUUCCUAUUACUGCGACGCACCCUAUCCUCUCAUUUUAGCCGCACUACAGGCCGUUCCUGUGGUAACGGGAACGGAGGAAGACGGUUUUAACUUCACAAUCUAUACAGGAGACUUGGUGUCGCACGACCCUGACAAUGAGCUAUCUAGGUAUGCCGUCACAUUUCAUUCUCAGGCCAAGACUGUCCUCUAUGACUUGAUCGGCCGAAUGAUCAAAACAGGGCCUGUCUAUGCGGUCCAAGGGAAUCAUGAUACAUACAGCCAAGCAAUGUCAUCACCCUACAACAUCGGGCAUGGCCUUACGAAUCAGUACAAGUGGUACGUGGAUUAUGACCAUCUUGCUGCGCUUUGGCAGCUGGAGAAGUGGAUCUCGCUUGAGACUGCUCAGCAAGCUCGUACUCAUUAUGCUGCGUAUUCUGUGCAACGGCAAGACGGACUAAGGAUCAUUACCAUCAAUACAGACUUCUGUGCGUCGUCAGCCAAUUACUUUAACUACAUCAACCUCGCGUCCUCUGACAACUCGGGAAUGCUGCGAUUCUUGACUGACGAGCUCCAAGAUGCUGAGGAUGCAGGUGAUAGGGUUUGGAUUUUGGGACAUGUCCUCAGUGGAUGGGACGGGACAGAGCCCUUGGAGAACCCGUCUAACCUCUGUGACGUCGAUCGCUUCUCUCCUCAUGUUAUCGCAGCUAUAUUCUUUGGGCACACCCACGAGGACCAGCUGACCAUAUUCUAUACGAACAAUGCCACAACGAUGAGUGCCGAAACAGCACAGACAGCAGCAUGGAUUGUUCCUUCCGUAACACCUAUCAGUAACUUGAACUCCGGCUUCCGGAUGUACGAAGUGGAUUCAGGUACAUUCGAUAUCUUGGACGCUUACACUUGGGCGGCAGAUGUCAAUACCUUCCCCGAGCUUGAUGGCCAGACCGAGUUCGGGCCUACUUACGCGUUGGAAUACAGCACGCGUUCGGCAUAUGGCGAUAGCAUCACCGGCUGGGGACCAAAUGACCCCUUGAACGCUACGUGGUGGCAUCUAGUCACCGAAGGUCGCGCUCUUAACAGUGAUGCUGUUCAGCUGUUCAACACUUACCAAGGGAAGAGCUCUGUGCGUACACCGGAAUGUACCGGAGAUUGUAUCACCGCCAAGAUCUGCUACAUGCGAAGUGGUAGCUCGAGUCUGUCCUUCGCAAAUUGCCCGGCUGGCUACGGUACAGUAUCCAACGGAUACUACCCAUGA